UCGUGACAUGGCUACACGAAUAGAAACGAAUAUCUGCUCCGACGUUUAUUUUUAAACAUUGUAACUAUUCGCUUUUGCAAGUUUCUCGAUUGCAUGUGCUUUCGUAUACAUGUAACCGUACAACCACCUAGUUUAGGCGAACAGCCCGAGCGCCGAAGUUACUUUAGUCGUGCUAGAGCUUUCGAACGAGGCGCGCAAGUUUUUCUAAAAUUUCUGUCGACAGUUAACGAUACAAUCUUAAACAGUGUAUACCUGGUGCUGGACGAUACUCUUAAUUUUAAGUGUCGUCCAACGAAAUCGUAUAGUUGUGCACACUUUGGAACGGGAUAAUUUUACUGCGAAGGACGAGGAACAACCAACAGUGGGAGAAAUUUGCAAGUUAUAUUUCGAGCAACGAUUUGUAUUUACCGUGCGAGAGACGUCAAGCGAUUUUGAGAAGAUGAAAACCGUUUGGAUAGUUGGUGGGCCAGGAUGUGGCAAAGGAACACAGUGCGAACGAAUCAUUGCAAAAUAUGGAUUCUAUCACAUAAGCAGCGGUGAUCUAUUGCGAGAGGAAGUUGCCAGCGGCAGUCCCAGAGGAGCUUCUUUGCAAGAAGCUAUGUCCCAAGGUCUAUUUGUCCCAACGGAUAUUGUAUUGGAUCUGAUAAGGGAACGAAUGGAAAAGGCUAAGAAGGAAGAAUCUACAAAAACUGGAUUCCUUAUUGAUGGAUAUCCUCGUGAAUUAGGGCAAGGUCUUCUUUUUGAAAAGAACGUGUGUCCAGUUGAUUUAAUCAUUUUCUUUGAUGUCUCGAACGAAACAUUAGAGAAAAGGUUACUAGGGCGUGCAGCAGCAGCAGUAACGCAAAGGGCUGAUGAUAAUCUUGAAACGAUCAAAAGGAGAAUUAAAAUAUUUAACGUGAAAAAUGGAGAAAUUGUUAAUCACUACAAAGACAAAGUUGUAAGAAUCAAUGCCGAAGGCAGUGUGGACGAUGUAUUCGCUGAAGUUUCGAAAGCGUUAGACGCUCUGUUGAAAUAAAAAAAAUCCCUCACAUAGACCCUUGUAUAAAAACGCCUAAUCACUCGAGUUUUUGGAAAGUCUACAAUUAAAAUAUAAUAUAAAUAUUAUGUCGAUUGAAAUGCAACUUGUAUAAGUUUAUAAAAAAAAAUUUGUUUAAAGUAUUAAUAGUUUGGCGAGCAAUAACAUAUAACUAACGACAAAAUGGUGCAUAUAUGUAUAAUUGCAAAUUUGGAGUACCUGUUCUUGUUAGCAAUAUAUUGUACAAUGGAUUAAAACAGAAGUCUAUUUAUAAAGCAAUUCGAAAUAUCUCGUAGAAAGUACCUGCAAAUACUGAUUGUUAUAAUAUUGUUCAUAAUUUUAGCGAUUGUUUUGAAUAAUAAUAAUUAAUUCUAUAUUUUA